GGGUGUGUGCGUGGGCACGAGUGACCAGGCGACCUGGGAAGGCGGACUCCGGUGUUGGAAAUGAUUCCCCUUUGGGGGGUGGGCCUAGUUGGGAGAAGACGUCGCUCGAAGAAAGACAAGAAGCCUAAGAGGUCAACCUGGAAGUUUAAUUUGGACCUUACUCAUCCAGUAGAAGAUGGAAUUUUUGAUUCUGGGAAUUUUGAACAAUUUCUACGGGAGAAGGUUAAAGUCAAUGGAAAAACAGGAAAUCUCGGGAAUGUUGUUCACAUUGAACGCUUCAAGAAUAAAAUCACAGUUGUUUCUGAGAAACAGUUCUCUAAAAGGUAUUUGAAAUACCUUACCAAGAAAUACCUGAAGAAGAACAAUCUUCGUGACUGGCUUCGAGUAGUUGCAUCUGACAAGGAGACGUAUGAACUUCGGUACUUCCAGAUCACUCAAGAUGAAGAUGGAUCAGAGUCUGAGGACUAGGUGAAGCCUCCCCUUAGUAGGGCUGUGCCUGCUAAUAAAUGAAGCCUACAUGGAAAAGGAACGUCUAGAAAUGGACUUUGAGUUCAUCCAUGAAUAAAAAACACUGUGCUCUUAAA